AUGUGGGUGUCUGUGCCGUGACUGUGCUGCAGAGCUGUCACUGGGUGCUGCCCCUCCUCGUCUCCUGCCGUCUUUGUAUAGGAGCUGCUGUCAUCAUCAGGCCUCGGCUGUCCUCUGGACUGUUCUGCUCUUCUUGUCCCCAGGGUGUGUCUGUGUAUGAUCCGCUUCCAGUCCAUCUCCUCUCUGGCUGAAGAUGGCGGAUCGAGCUGAGAUGUUUUCCCUCUCCGCCUUCCACUCCCUCUCCCCCCCAGGCUGCAGGCCAUCACAAGACAUCAGUUUGGAGGAAUUUGAUGAUGAAGAUUUAUCAGAAAUUACAGAUGACUGUGGAAUUGGACUAAACUAUGACUCAGACCAUUGUGACAAGGAGGGUCUUGGCUUUGGAAGAUGUGAUCCUUCCCGUGCACUCUGCACUUUCCAGGAGGAUUUCCAAGAAUUUGAAAUGAUUGAUGAGGAAGAAGAUGAGGAUGAAGAAGAAGAGGAAGAUGAGCUCCCACCUCAAGAAAACAGAAAACAAGUAGAAGCACCUCCAUCACCAAAUCCUUCUCCUCUACCACCUGAGGAUACCCUGAAAAACAGGCCAUGCACAUUGAGACUUAGUGCCCCUCGAACCCAGGACACACUUAACAACAACGGUGGAUUCAUUUCUCAGAGUGACACCUGGGCAGAUCCUGAGAGAAAUGAGACUGAAAUGGUAUCCCAUACCCAGGUUACCCAUGUUGAAAUGGAAACUCAAAAAGAAGAUGAUGAUACUGAAGAGACAGAAUUAGACAGUGGAGAUAUCACUGAUGUCUCAAGGAUUGUUCCAGACAGAAAUCAUGUCUCCAGUCCAGGAGAGCGAUGGGCAUCAGAUUCACAGUUGAGGGUAACUACACCACUUCAAGAGAAUCUGGCAGAUUUGAGCCCUGAGCAGAGAGGGAGCACCAGAGGACAUCCAUCUAAUUCUUCCAAUGAAACAACAUCUCCAUCUUCAGAUCCUGGUAUUGAGGCUGAUUUGACCAGUCGAGGUCGGUUCCUGCCAACAGGACAUUGUAGUCAGGAUCUCAGCUCCCCUGGCUCUGAUUCUGACAUAGAAGGAGAAAUAGAAGCAGCAUUUGCUUGUGAGGGUGGGAGACUUGUUAGUAACAUGAUUUCCUCAAUAUCAGAAACAGAACUAGACCUAACCAGUGAGUCAAGCAGUGGAAGGUCGUCUCAUCUCACCAACUCUAUUGAAGAGGCAAGCUCUCCAACCUCUGAUCCAGAACCAGAUCAUGUGGGAGAAUUAGGGCUUCAAGGAAUCAAAGACUCCAUCCUGCUAGACAAGGAGAAAGAGAGAGGUCCUUUAAUGACAGAACCAGAGGAUAAAUAUAGUACAUGGAAUGAAGAAGAGAACCUGUCACAAGAAAAAGGAGAUCAGAAUAAAGAACGAAGUCUGGAAAGUAUACGACGCUCAUUUUACUUACCUGUAGGACCCAAGCUCAUGCCAGAAACAGAUGCAAAUAGUGAAUAUGACUCAGACUCUGAAUCAGAAGCUGACCUAAGUGAGGAUUCAGAUUCGCCUUGGCUGCUCAGCAACCUGGUAAAUAAGAUGAUUUCUGAAGGAUCCUAUCCCAUUUCAUGCCCAGAUGAGUGUUUUCAAAGGCAAACAAGCCCAUCAUGUGAUACUCUUUCUCCUGCCUCUGAGCUGGAUCCUGAGUCAGUUAGUCCAGACAUUGAGGCUGAUCUUACAAGUUCCAAAGAAUCCUCACAAGAUCUAGAUACAGCACAACAAAGUAUAGAGCUGGUGGAUAUGGAGACACUACAGCAUUCUCUUAGUCAUCAUGAUAGAGAGGAAAAUGUUCCCGGAUUAUAUGUUCUGCAUGACUCACGUGACACUGUAGCUCCAAUUUUUGAGGGCCUUCCUCUUCAAUUGGAGGGAUUAUCUCAUACAGCUAAAUGUCGUCCCCUUUCUCCAGGGCAUAAAGUUGAACAGAAACCUUGGCCUGGCACAGAACAAAUUCUUCAGAAACGAAGAGAUGGCUGGGAUAUUGAUCGUGACUUAGAUUCUGGUAUUCUAGAGGAUAAUGAUCUUUGUGAUGAUCUUUGUCAAGAGCUAGACCAAAAUAAACCCACAAUGGACAUUUCAACAGCAAGAACAAAUCAUGGCUUUAACCUAGAAUAUACUGGUGAGGAAGAUGAAGAUAUUCCUUAUUACAGAAGCCUAAAAAGUUCUUCUUACCAUAAUUGUGUUGGAGAAGAAUCUUUUAUGGAGCGGUCUUCAGCUGAAUCUCGAAUCCUAGAUGAUUCUUUGGCCUAUGAUUCAAUGAAAUACACUUUGGUAGUGGAUGAGCACACUCAACUUGAGCUGGUUAGUCUUCAGAGAUGUACAUCUAUACUAAGUGAUGGCAGUGACCUUCUUAGAGCUUGUGAAGCCUGUGACUUUGAAGAGGAUGAAUUUGGAGAUGAUGUUGAAGCCCAUGAAAAUGAAUCUUCAUCUGAAGACUCAUCACCAGAGCCCAACAUGCCUUUCUCCAAGAAGUUCCUCAAUGUUUUUGUCAACAGCACAUCACGGUCCUCCAGCACUGAGUCUUUUGGACUAUUUUCUUGUGUACUCAAUGGAGAAGAGCGUGAACAGACACACAGAGCUGUUUUCAGGUUUAUUCCUCGUCAUGAAGAUGAGCUUGAGCUAGAUGUUGAUGACCCAUUACUGGUGGAGUGUGAGGAUGGUUCAUGGUGUCGUGGUUAUAACAUGAGGACGGGAGAACGAGGGAUUUUCCCUUCAUUUUAUGCUCAUGAGGUUGUGUGUCCAGUGAAGGAGAAUGUUGUAAUCAAAGGAAAUUCUCCUUGGGUCCAGAUGUUUGAUGUGCAGUUUCUGGGUUCUGUUGAAGUUCCACAUCAUCAGGGCAAUGGUAUUCUGUGUGCAGCCAUGCAGAAGAUUGCAACAGCGAGGAAGCUGACAGUGCACCUGAGGCCGCCCGCUAGCUGUGAACUGGAAAUUUCUUUGCGUGGCAUCAAGCUCAUUUUGAGAGGAAACGACCGACCAGAGGAUGAGCGUUGCAGUCACUUUUUCCAAAUGAAAAAUAUUUCCUUCUGUGGUUGUCAUCCACGUAACAGCUGUUAUUUUGGCUUCAUUACGAAACACCCUGUUCUGAAUCGAUUUGCUUGCCACGUCUUUGUUUCCCAAGACUCCAUGCGGCGAGUGGCUGAGUGUGUGGGACGGGCUUUCCAGGAAUUCUAUCAGGAACAUGUGGAAUUCAGUUGUCCCACAGAAGAUAUUUACUUGGAGUAAUCUGGGGCUUGUAGAUAUUAAAAUGGGCAUUGGGGAGGGGGUUUCUGGGAAUAG